GCUGAUACUGGCGGCGUGUGCAGCGCUGUAGUCUCUCAUGAAGGGAUGAAAUCUCUGCAACUUUACAUGUUGUCAACAUGUAUGACUACCGAGCUGCUCGGUUUGUGCGCCAUUCUUGACUAAGAAGACGUCACUGUGAUGCCAUAAUGACCCAGAGCCUUAGUCCUUGAGGUAUUCUCUAGGACACAACUGGAGAGCUUUUUUAGAGGACUCUAUCCAGAAACUUGGAUGUCAACAUGGACAACAUCAGCGAGUACAUCUGGCAGCGCCGCAUCCAUCAUGGUGUGAGGUACCAGAAAACUGAAACCCCGUUCCCAGAGUCGGUCGCUGCCGGUCUGGAGUUUAACGCAGCAUUGGAUAGGGAGGAAAAGCUGGAUCUGUCUCUUCUGACAAAUGCCAUCAUGCUGGAGCUCUGUGAGUUUGCCAGAUGUGUGACCAGGUCUGAGGGUUAUUUCCUGUUUGAUAUAUUGGAGUUUAACUUUGACCUUGGUGUGGAUCCAGACAAUGAAAGACAGUGCCUUGAAUACCAAAGACGCAUUCUAAACAGAUUAAGAGUAGUGAAGGGCCAAAUCAAGUUUAAACCUCACAGAUGGAAAGAAAGUUUUCCACUUCCAGAACUCAGUGAAUUGAGAGUGUCAGCAGGGUCAGAGCAAGAGAUAAAAUGCCCUAAAGUGAAGAAAAUGUUGGAUAUUUCAGUCCUCACUGCUGGGAGCAAAGACAGCGAUUCUUCAGAGAAUAAGACGGAGAGUAAUGGAGCUGUGAGUUCUGCCUUCACCAUAAAGAAAAAAGGAGUGGGUUUGCUACAAAUAACCGCUGAUUCUUUCCCUAACUGCAAAGACCUCGGCGUGACUUUGUUCGUCCGUCCAGAAAACGCACGAAAAGAGAAGCUCGACCCAAAUCUGCUGACUAAGGGUGUCAUGAUAGAACUGCUUGACCUGUGCAAAGCCAUGCGUGGAACAAUGACUGACAUAGUUUAUGAUCUUGUGAAGCAAAACUUUGGCUACGAGUUUGAUCAAAUGCUUUUUCGCAUCCAACUUGCCAAAAUUGUGCAGAAGAAGUACCCCUUCCAAAACUCAGAGGACAGGGAUGCUCUGCGAAGGGAACCUUUUCUAUUUCAGAGCAAAAGAGAAGAUCGGCUUGGUAAAAAGAGACGAAACUCAACGAAAGAAGUAGAAAAACUCACCAUGGCCUCUAAGAGAUGGUCACCGCACAAUGAGAGUGAUAGGACAGAGAUUUGGAAGGACGGUGAGCUUUCGUACAUGUGUCCGGUUGAUUUUGAGACAGAAAUGCAGUCCGAUAUGGAGAAAGAACCAGAAAACCCUGCAGAAACAACGUCAGCAGCGGAUGAAGAAACCAUGUUAAAUGUGGUUGUAAAGCAAGAAGAAGAAGAAAUGUUCAUUUCUUCAGUGCAGCCUCAAGAAAAUGGGGUGGGCUGUAAGGUAGACUUUAAGGUGGAUCCCGAUCAUACCACCACCAUGGUCCCAACAGUAGUCUCAGAUCCCACAGCAAUCAUGAAUCCACCAGCAGACGUAAAACCCAGAGCAGGCUUGGAACCAAGCCCAGGCUUGGAUCCAACAGCAGUCUUGGAACCCAAAGGAGUCUUGGAUGCAACAGCAGUCUUGGAUCCAACAGCAGCCUUGGAACCCAGUGCAAUCUGGGAUCUGAGGAAAAAUGAGAACAUGAAUGCAAAAACACCAAAACAAAGGCUUUGGAUGAGACGUACCACUCGUUCAAAACAAAUCCUGAGUUCUAGCCGAGUGAAGGACUUGUUCGCAAACUGCAAAGCAAUCGGUUUGGACUUCAGUGUUGGCUCAGGUGACAAACAGAGCAUGGAUCUACAACUGUUUACCAACGGCGUCAUGUGGGAGGUUUAUCGAUUUGCUACAGCCAUGAAGAAAAGCAUGCACAGUUUUUCUCUCGAAACGUUUGACAACAACUUCAACAUUUUCCUCCAAGAUGAACAACAUCAGCGCAAUUUUACGGUUUACAUGGCAGCAAAAGAAAGAAUUCUCCUGAACAACCCUUCCAGGCACAGGAUGGAGUUUCUCAGUAGUCCGUGUAAAAUCCCUGAAUUUUACAACAUGGUAGAUGUGACUGGUGAUUUUCAAACUGACGAGUCCCAACCCCAAGAACAGCAAAUAAACCUUGAUUCAGUUGGGUUUGAUCCAACCCAGCAGGAAGAUUCAGAUCUGCACCCAUUCUGUAGAAAGAUAGGCCUCAACCUGUGGUCGACAGAUCGACGUCCUACAAGCCAAAAGCUCGAUUUGACUGUCCUGACCAAUGGCGCCAUGCUUGAAAUUUGCAGCCUUGUCAGAGAUCUUUGUGGAACUGUCCACGAGACUGUGAAUGACAUCCUUGAGCACAAUUUUGAUCUUGAUCUCCAAAGCGGUAAGACCACUGAAGCCAAGGCAAUCCAGAGAUGGUAUGGCAAACAGAAAACUUUAAUGGUAAGGGCAAACUACAAGUCAAAGAUGAAGAUAGACAUGUGGUUAAAAAUGCCGGUCGCUCUGGAUCCGCAAUCAAAGUCUGGGCAACAAACGUUUGGCAAGUACCAAAAGAAUCUGGGUCCAGAGCACUUAACCCCAGGGGGGGAAAAGUUCUUUGCGUUUAGUGGUAAUGCAAAGAAGGUGAAAAGCAGCUAUGGUACCUGUAAAGAAAUAGGACUGGUCCUUGAUGUUGGCGCUAAACCAGGAGCCAAAAGAAAACUUGACCUACGAGUGCUGACCAGGAGAAUCCUCUUGGAGAUACAUGAAUAUGUUUUGCGAAACAGUAACCACUACGUUCCCGCUCUGUACCAUAUCCUUGAGUACAACUUCGAUCUGAGCUCCCAGAACCAUCGCAAGGUGGAGUUUGCCUGGUCCAUCGCAUCCCAGGUGUUAAUUAUAGCAGGAAAAAACAACAGGAAGGGGAAUUACCUGAACAAAAACGUUGAUUUGCCCUUGGAGUUCCCACAGUCCUCAUGGAGUGUCUGCAAAGAGGAGCCGGAGGAUGGGAACCCUGAACUGGACCUCAGUUGUAACUCAGAAAUCAUGUUUGUUAAAGAGUUGAAGCCCGUCGAUAUAGAAGUUGAGAUCAUGUAGACGUUGUUUUUGUUUUGGAACCGAUGUUCAGACCAAGGCUCCUGGCCCUCCUUACUUUGUCUAAAUGGUUGCCAAAAGGAAUCCUUGAAUUAACAGGUUUAAUCCAAACCAGUGUAAAAAGAACAAGCUUAACAUAACAGAAAAAAAAGUUGAUUUAUUGAGUUCAACUAAAACUGAACUUAAAUACUACAAUAUUAACUUUCUGUUACGUUUGCUUUCUGAUUCAAGGUCAACAGCGUUUAGGUGCCAUUUUCAGUGCCGUAAAUUAGUAGUACAGACUUCCCUCCAUACUCAUGACAGAUUCAACGCAAUUAGGAUUUUUGUUCAUGCCCAGUACAGUUCUAAUCAAAAGUCUGUUUUCAGUCACGUGAUCCUGGUGUUGCAGGAAUGCCAGAUGGGGGGCAGGAAGUGAAGACCAGCAAUUCUAAUCAAAAGGAAUGUAGCCAAGUUAGUCCGUAAAAGCUCUAAGUGGGCCUGCAAAAAAUUGAUUCUUACCACAGGUUAGCUCAUUUACCUGCCGUGGAGGUGAUCAAUGACACUAAUGACUUAGUCCUGCAGACCUCCUCCUACACGGAUGAAGGGAGACGAUAGUCUAGAAGAGUCUUGUACCAAGCUAAGAGGCUAGCUGAGCCUCUUUAACUGCUUUUCUCCCUCGUUUUGUCAUAAACAUUCCUCUAAUGGAAACGCUCAUAUACUACUAAGACUCUUGUGGGGUACUGGUUGGAUUAGUGGUCUAGACUGGCAAGGAUGGAAUGUUUUAUAAGCUUUACAGUCUGACAUCUUUCUAAAGACUUUAAAGGAGGACAUUAUGAAAGGCAGGAUGGAAUGUUGGUGAAGCCAGGGAUGUUUGGGGCUUUUCCCCUCCAUUUUUCUCCAAUAGGCCAUAGUUGGCAACUUCUGGAAAAUUGGGUGGAAUUUGUGGGGGGAAACCCUCACACCUCAGGCGACAAACGGCAAAGAUGCUGGGUAUUUAUGCAUAAGAUAACGAGUGUAAUGUGUUCAUGAACAGCUGACACUUUAAUAGGAACAGCAGGAGCUGGCUCCCAUUUGAGAGCCAGUUUCCUUUCUUCCAUUUUUUUCAGUAUUUAAUCCACAUUGAAAAUCCAAACUGGUGCCAAAUAAAGAGCUGACAGAGGCUCUUAAUCCACAGUUACCAGUUCUCUCUGAUCUUCUUGAUUUAUUUUUUUAGCCUGAAUGUGUCACUACUUUCUGGACUCAAAGGUAGCUCAGGACUAAUGUUCUUUCUCUUCACUUUGACCAGUUGGCACAGCUGUUGUCAGCUCAAACUUGACAUUUUGAUAGCACCUCUGUCUGCAGAGAUCACUUCCUGUCCCCCAUCUGGAGUGCUUGGUGUAACUGAUGCACUAAUAGAUGGACUACAGUGGCAGUGAUGGCAGUCUGGGUUCUGUUUGAGCUGCUCACCCCCAGUCCAUGUUAUUUAAACUUCACACUCUAUAGCAGUGAUACUCAACCUGUGGCUCUGGACCCUCACAGGGCUCUUUUAUGUCUUAAUUUGAAAUCUGACUCCCCCAGAAAACCUUAAAAAAGGGAAACUUUGACCUCUGGAAUUGCCAG